AUGGCCGCGCUGCUCCUGGGCGCCAUGCUGCUGGUGGCUCAGCCGCAGCUCGUGCCUUCCCGCCCUGCCACCCCGGGCGCCGAGCCUCCUGACCAGCCAGGCAAGCAGGAGUUGCUGCGUGUGGCGGCCACGCUGGUGGAUGACCAUCUCCCAGAGAGCACAACCCCCAACGGCUCUGUCCGGCAGCUGCCACAGACCAUCAUCAUUGGUGUGCGCAAGGGUGGCACGCGCGCACUGCUGGAAAUGCUCAGUCUGCAUCCAGAUGUCGCAGCCGCGGAAAACGAGGUGCACUUCUUUGACUGGGAAGAGCACUACAGACAUGGUCUGGGCUGGUACCUCAGCCAGAUGCCCCUGUCGUCACCACAUCAGCUGACAGUGGAGAAGACCCCCGCGUACUUUACAUCGCCCAAAGUGCCUGCGCGGGUCCACAGCAUGAACCCGGCCAUCCGCCUGUUGCUCAUCCUGCGCGACCCCUCUGAGCGCGUGCUGUCUGACUACACCCAAGUGUUCUACAAUCACGUGCAAAAGCGCAAGCCCUACCCGUCCAUCGAGGAAGUCCUGGUGCGCGACGGCCACCUCAACGUGGACUACAAGGCGCUCAACCGCAGCCUCUACCACGUGCACAUGGAGAACUGGCUACGCUUCUUCCCGCUAGGCCACAUCCACAUUGUUGAUGGCGACCAGCUCAUCAGGGACCCCUUCCCUGAAAUCCAGAAGGUCGAGCGCUUCCUGAAGCUGGCUCCUCAGAUCCACGCCUCGAACUUCUACUUCAACAAAACCAAGGGCUUUUACUGCCUGCGGGACAGUGGCCGGGAUCGCUGCUUGCACGAGUCCAAAGGUCGAGCACAUCCUCAUGUCGACCCCAAACUCCUGCAUAAACUGCAUGAAUAUUUCCAUGAGCCAAAUAAGAAAUUCUUCGAGUUGGUCGGCAGAACAUUUGACUGGCACUGA